UCAUUUAAAGAAUACAAUACAUAAACACACAUUUAUAUUUGUAUACAUGUUUAUAACAGCAGGGUGAAUAAUAAUAGUAGUAAUGAUUACUCAAGACCAGUUUUUGCCCUUGACAUUUUCAAAGAUAAACGACGAUGCAACAGGCAGUACAGUAUUCAUACAUCAAUUUAUAAAAGAGGCAAUGCAGAUUUUAAUACAUGCAAAUAAUAUGUUCUCUAAGGAUGUACAUGACUUGGAUAGUGACAAUGACAAAGAGACUGUCACGUGGCAAUUGAACUUGACACCUACCAUGAUGACAUUAGAUACCAACAUCAUGACUUUAUCAGGGCUUGAAAAAGUAUUAAAAUUAAUACAUAUCAAUAUCAAGCCUCAGCCACCAAAUUUGAGACAAAGGGAAAACGUUAUAAUAAAUUCGGAUCAAUAUGAUAUACCUCUGUUUCGAUAUAUGCUACAACCUAUAUUACAAUUAUCAACUGUGAUAUCGAUUCCUAAUUUUGAACAAUUUGCACAAUACAAUUCUAUGCAGUUAAUGCGUUACUGUAUACAAUGCUUUAUUGAUUGUGGAGAUUCCUUUUUUAUGGAUAUACCUACGUUAAUUGCUAAUACAGAUAUGAUUUUAUCUCAACCAGAUGCUGUAGAAGAACAUAAAGUAGAAGCAUUACUCGUCUUUAGUAUCUGUGCUCUUACAAUACGUCAUACCACAAUACACCAUCGUGGUGAUAAGUCUGUUGCUGAUGCUUUUAUGUAUACUUUUUAUAUGAAGGCUCGUAACUUAUUACAAGAUGUGUUUGAUGUACAUCAUAUCCUUAUCCUUCAGUCUAUCUUCAUUUUAUCUCUUUUCCCUCAAGGUCAUUUACAUCUUUACUCUUCCUCACGAAUUGAAUCACCACUAUUAACAAUGGCGAUUAGAAUGGCGUUAUCAAUGGAUUUACACAAGAUUGAUGAUAGUCAAUAUGAUAAAGAAUCAGAUCAAAAAGAAAAGUUAAGACGAUUUGCUUGGAUGUUAUUAUGUGCAGAUUAUCAUGCGCAUCAUAAUAGGUCAGGACACACAGGCACUAUCGAUGUCACUGAUUGGCAUGUCAAUUUUCCUCGGCUUUUACCUGAUGAAGGAAAGAUAGAAAGACGAAUUGAACUCUUUUCACAAUAUUGUCGUAUUAUUAUGAUACGAAAAAUGGAAUUAUUUAGAACAAGUUAUAUGAUAUCACUUCAAUCGUCUGAAGCAAUUCAAGCUAAUUUAGAUAGUCAACUCUUUGAAGCCUAUUUUAAUACACCUGAUAGAUUUAAGCUUGAUUUAGAUCCUACUUUACUCUGUAGUAAAUCAGAUUUAGAAAGACUUUUAUUAAAUGAACUUUACUGUCAAACGAAAAUUUUUGCUCAAUUACCAUUUUUACCUAAACAUUACUUUGAAACAUAUCUGUCAGAAGAAGAUGCAAUUCGUUGUUCUGAUUUAAAUGAUAUCUAUAAGCGCAUUAUUAUUCAUCAAACUAAUACAGCCACAAAGCAGAUAUUUGUUCAACAACAGACUGCAUCCAUAUUACAAAAAUCUGAAGGAUCGAGUCUAAUAAAAUCAGAUGAAUUAGAGUAUCAUUGUCUCGUUGAAUUAUUGACUGUUAUAAAUGAUUAUACCCUUAUAUUGGAAUUAUUGACAGCUAUUGAUACUAUUGGUUGUCAUCAUAGUCCUGUCUAUGGUGCCAUGUUGACCAUGCAUCUUUAUCUUAUCAUUAAACGGUCUUGUCAGAAUUCUGAAAUACAGACUGUGUGUCAAAUCAAUUUAAAUCGAACUCAACAUAUUUUGCGACAAGCAAGUUUAUUCUAUACUGAUCCUGCUAUUUUAUAUCUGCAGACGAUGCUUAUACGCCACAAUAUCAUAACAGAAGAAGCUAUCACAAUUUGUACAUUAAAUCAGAAACCACAUGAAAUCAUUCGUUCUUUACGUACCAAGUAUCGUAAAAAUAAAAAUAAUUCUGUUUCUAUAUCAUAUUUAUGAUUGAACAAGAGAUUUUGCUUAUUAUUAAUUACAUAAUAGGAUAAAAUAUCUUGUCAGCC